GAUGACCUCAAGGAGAUGCUCGACAGCAACAAGGAUUCGCUCAAGCUGGAGGCCAUGAAGAGGAUUGUGGCGAUGAUUGCCCGAGGGAAAAAUGCCUCUGACCUCUUCCCAGCCGUGGUGAAAAAUGUUGCCUGCAAGAAUAUUGAGGUGAAGAAGCUGGUGUACGUCUACCUGGUGCGCUACGCAGAGGAGCAGCAGGAUCUGGCCCUGCUCUCCAUCUCCACCUUCCAACGAGGACUCAAGGACCCCAACCAGCUGAUCCGUGCCAGCGCCCUGCGGGUCCUCUCCAGUAUCCGUGUGCCCAUCAUCGUGCCCAUCAUGAUGUUGGCCAUCAAGGAGGCUGCCUCGGAUAUGUCCCCGUAUGUGCGCAAGACGGCCGCCCAUGCCAUCCCCAAGCUGUACAGCCUUGACUCAGACCAGAAGGACCAGCUCAUUGAAGUGAUUGAGAAGUUGCUGGCAGACAAGACCACGCUGGUGGCUGGCAGCGUGGUGAUGGCAUUCGAGGAGGUCUGCCCAGAGCGCAUCGACCUCAUCCACAAGAACUACCGCAAGCUCUGCAACCUGCUCAUCGAUGUGGAGGAGUGGGGGCAGGUGGUCAUCAUCAACAUGCUGACCCGCUACGCACGCACCCAGUUCCUCAGCCCCAACCAGAACGAGUCCCUGCUGGAGGAGAGUACCGAGAAGGCUUUCUAUGGCUCUGAGGAGGAGGACACCAAGGACGCCAAGGCGGAGGCAGCCUCGCUGGCAAAGCGCAAGCCCUACGUCAUGGACCCCGACCACCGCCUGCUCCUGCGCAACACCAAGCCCCUGCUGCAGAGCCGCAACGCUGCGGUGGUGAUGGCAGUGGCACAGCUCUACUUCCACCUGGCACCCAAGGCAGAGGUUGGUGUCAUCGCUAAGGCGCUGGUGCGGCUUCUGCGGAGUCACAGCGAGGUGCAGUACGUUGUGCUGCAGAAUGUUGCUACCAUGUCAAUCAAGCGGCGGGGGAUGUUUGAGCCCUACUUGAAGAGCUUCUACAUCCGUUCCACAGACCCCACACAGAUCAAGAUCCUUAAGCUGGAGGUCCUCACCAACCUGGCCAACGAGACCAACAUCUCCACCAUCCUGCGGGAGUUCCAGACCUACAUCCGCAGCAUGGACAAGGACUUCGUGGCAGCCACCAUCCAAGCCAUCGGGAGAGGGAGGGGCCCGCCACCCUGCCUCAACGGCCUGGUCCAGCUCCUCUCCAACCGGGAUGAGCUGGUGGUGGCCGAGUCCGUGGUGGUCAUCAAAAAGCUGCUGCAGAUGCAGCCGGCCCAGCACAGCGAGAUCAUCAAGCACAUGGCCAAGCUCACCGACAACAUCCAGGUGCCGAUGGCACGGGCCAGCAUCUUGUGGCUCAUCGGCGAGUACUGCGAGCAUGUGCCCAAGAUUGCACCUGACGUGCUGCGCAAGAUGGCCAAGUCCUUCACCAACGAGGAGGACAUCGUCAAGCUGCAGGUCAUCAACCUGGCAGCCAAGCUCUACCUGACCAACUCCAAGCAGAGCAAGCUGCUGACCCAGUACGUCCUCAACUUGGCCAAGUAUGACCAGAAUUACGACAUCCGCGACCGAGCUCGCUUCAUCCGCCAGCUCAUCGUUCCCACCGAGAAGAGCGGCGCACUCAACAAGUACGCCAAGAAGCUCUUCCUGGCCCAAAAACCCGCUCCCAUCUUGGAGUCCUCCUUCAAAGAUCGGGACCAUUUCCAGCUGGGCUCCCUGUCCCACCUGCUCAAUGCCAAAGCUGUGGGCUACCAGGAGCUGCCCGACUGGCCAGACGAGGCUCCCGACCCCUCUGUGAGGAACGUGGAGGUUCCUGAGUGGACCAAGUGCACCAGCCGGGAGAAGAGGAAGGAGAAGGUGGAGAAACCUUUCUACUCUGACUCGGAGGGCGAGUCGGGGCCCACGGAGUCAGCGGACAGCGGUGAGGACCCGUCUGUCAGUGAGGAGAGCAGCAGCAGCAGCUCCAGUAGCUCCAGCUCUGGCAGUGAGGAGGAGGAGGAGGAAGAGGAGGAGGAAGGCAGCAGGGAGCAGUCAGAGGAUGAGGAAGAGGAGAAGAAGCCGAAGAGGAAGGAGAAGGAAGGCACCAGGAAGGCAGCCCAGGGGAGCGUGGGCAGCCCCAGCGAGGAAGAGGAGGAGGAG